AUGAUAAAAAGAGCGUUCUCUGCCAUCAACCUCAUUCUUCCUUUCGCCCAUCUCACCCCAAAGGAAAACAUGUCGUUCAAGAUUUUUGUUGGUGGUCUCAGUUGGAACACGACCGACGAUACUCUGCGUCAAGCCUUUGGAGAAUUUGGCAAUGUCCUUGAUUCCAUUGUCAUCAACGAUCGCGAGACUGGUCGUUCGCGAGGCUUUGGCUUCGUGACCUAUGGGACCAACGAAGAGGCCGAGGCUGCUAUUGCCGGCUAUGAUCAACAAGAACUUGAUGGAAGACGCAUUAAGGUUAACAUGGCUACCGAACGAACUGGUGGCGGAGGUGGACGUGGCGGAGGAGGCGGAGGCUAUGGUCGUGGUGGAGGUGGAGGUGGAGGCUACCGAAGUGGUGGUGGCGGUGGUGGUUACCAAGGUGGAGGAGGAGGCUAUGGAGGAGGAGGAGGAGGAGGCGGUGAGCGUUGGUAA